AGGACCCUCUUUUUUGGUGCGCGCGGUGCCUCUCAUCAGUGACCACAUAAACUUUUUGUCUAGCACCAAGCUAGCAGCGUCUUUCUCCCUUCCUGCUUUCUCUCUCGCAUCACUCCUCUCUUUCUCACACACAAACACAGGAAGGUAUCGAUUGAAGAAAUAAGAUGGUUGGAACAAUGGAGGAAACAAGCAGGAGGAUCCCUGGGUACUUCAAGAACAAGGGCAUCCUCAUCACUGGCGCAACAGGCUUCCUUGGAAAGAUACUCGUGGAGAAGAUACUGAGGGUCCAGCCGGACGUCAAGAGGAUCUACCUCCCCGUGCGUGCGCCGGACGCAGCAUCGGCCAAGAAACGGCUGGAGACUGAGGUGAUCGGGAAGGAGCUGUUUGGGCGGCUUCGGGAAACGCACGGCAAGGGGUUCCAGUCCUUCAUCGAGGAGAAGGUCAUCCCGUUGGCCGGAGACAUCAUCCACGAGAACCUCGGCGUGGAGGAGCCCCAGCUGAGCCAGAUGACUCAGGAGCUCAACGUCAUCGUCAAUGGAGCUGCCACAACAAACUUCUACGAGAGGUACGACGUGGCCCUGGAUGUGAACGUGAUGGGAGUGAAACAUAUUUGCCAGCUCGCCAAGCAGUGCCCCAAUCUCGAGGUCGUCCUCCAUGUGUCCACGGCCUAUGUGGUGGGCGAGAAGCAAGGGGUGAUCCAGGAGCGGGCGUUCAAGCAGGGCGAGACGCUGCGGGAGACGGAGGCGGAGCUGGACAUCGACGCCGAGCUGCGGCUGGCCAGUGACUACCAGCGGCAGGUCGCCGGCGACGACGCGGAGCAGAAGAACGAGCGGAAGGCCAUGAAGGAGCUGGGCCUCGCCAGGGCCCGGGAGUUCGGCUGGCCCAACACCUACGUCUUCACCAAGGCGCUCGGGGAGAUGACGCUGGCGCGGGAGCUCGCCGGCGUUGGCGUCCCCGGCGUCAUCGUGCGGCCCAGCAUCAUCACCAGCGUCCAGAAGGAGCCGCUCCCCGGGUGGAUCGAAGGCACCAGGACCAUCGACGCCAUCCUCAUCGGCUACGCCAAGCAGAGCCUCUCCUGCUUCCUCGCCGACCUCCAGCUCACCAUGGACGUGAUCCCCGGGGACAUGGUGGUGAACGCGAUGAUGGCCGCGACGGUGGCGCACGCGUCGACGGCGGCGGCGGCCCCGGCCGACCAGAAGAAGAAGACGCCGCCGGCGCCGCCGCCGACGGUGUACCACGCGACGUCGUCCCUGCGCAACCCGGCGCCGUACGCGGUGCUGUACCGGACGGGGAUCCGGUACUUCAGCGAGCACCCGCGGGUGGGCAAGGACGGGCGCGCGGUGCGCACGCGCAAGGUGCACUUCUUCGGCACCGUGGCGGGCUUCACCGCCUACAUGGUGCUCCGCUACAGGCUGCCGCUGGAGCUGCUGCGCCUGCUCAGCCUGCUCUGCUGCGGCCUCCUCUUCUCGCGCCUCUACGCGGAGCUGGACCGCAAGUACAGGUUCGUCAUGCGCCUCGUCGACCUCUACGGGCCCUUCGCGCUCUUCAAGGGCAUCUUCGACGACGCCAACAUGGAGAGGCUCAGGAUCGCCAUGCCCGUCGCUGACCGGGUGGAGUUCAAUUUCGACCCAAAGACCGUCGAUUGGGACGAUUACUUCUACAAGAUCCACAUCCCAGGGGUCAUGAAGUACGUCCUCAACUAGCAGCUGCUAGCUAGCUAGCUAGCUAGUCACGACGACUCACAUUGUUAUUAUUGUUGCCACGUUCAUCCAAGGAUUAUGUUGUUAUUAAUUAAUUAAAUCAAUCGGCGUCGGCGUGCGUGUGUGUAUAUACACAUUGUUAUUGUUGCUCUACCUUCAUCCAUCCAUCCUCGACUCCUCACUAACCAUGAGGAGAAAUCGAAAUGUAUCCAGUCAGCAGCUGCUCUAAUUAGUACGGAGUACGUACUCCCACUCCUAGCUUGUUUAUUUGUGUUGAUUUAGUUGGACCUGAUGAAAUGGUGAUACCCCAUACUAUUAAUCACAUGUUCCUCGUAUCA